AUUUUUCCCUUUUGUCUUUUAUAUAUAUUUUUGUAUGUAUUGUAAUAGUAUAAAACCAAUUAUUAUUGAAAAAAAAAAAAGUUAUACGACAGAAUAAUUUCUGAACGACGCGAAAAAAAAUGAGUGUGUCGUUUUUGAAAAUUUAAAAAUUUUGGCGGUCAAUUAUUGUAUGUAUCUACUAGUAGACAUCAAACCCAAUCAACCAUGACUGUCUAUACUGCAUCGUGUACUGCUCCGGUCAACAUAGCUACUCUUAAAUAUUGGGGUAAGAGAGAUAAAUCUUUGAAUUUACCAACCAAUUCAUCAAUUUCAGUUACAUUAUCCCAAAAGGAUCUUCGAACUUUAACUACUGCUUCUACAUCUAGUGAGUUCACUGAAGAUAAGCUUUGGCUUAAUGGUAAAUUAGAAUCGUUGGAAUCUCCAAGAACAAAAGCAUGUUUACAAGAUUUAAGAAAAUUAAGAGCUCAAGUUGAAUCAAGUAAUGCUGAAUUACCAAAAUUAUCAACUUAUAAAUUACAUAUUGUUUCAGAAAAUAAUUUCCCUACUGCUGCUGGUUUAGCAUCUUCAGCUGCUGGUUUUGCAGCUUUAGUAAGUUCCAUUGCAAAAUUAUAUAAAUUACCUGAAGAUAUGUCUGAAUUAUCUAAAAUUGCUAGAAAAGGUUCUGGUUCAGCUUGUAGAUCCUUAUUUGGAGGAUUUGUGGCUUGGGAAAUGGGUGAAUUAACUAAUGGUGAAGAUUCAAAAGCAGUUGAAGUUGCUCCAUUGUCUCAUUGGCCAACUUUAAAAGCUGCCAUUUUAGUGGUUAGUGAUGAUAAAAAAGAUACUCCAAGUACUUCAGGAAUGCAAUUAACAGUUGGAACUUCUGAUUUAUUUCAACAUCGUAUAAAGGAAGUUGUUCCAGCUAGAUUUGAAGAAAUGAAAAAAUCAAUUAUAGCUAAAGAUUUUGAAAAAUUCGGAGAAUUAACUAUGAAAGAUUCAAAUUCAUUUCAUGCUGUUUGUCUUGAUUCUUAUCCACCAAUCUUUUAUUUAAAUGAUACUUCUAAAAAAAUUAUAAAAUUGAUUCAUAAAUUAAAUGAAUUAGAAGGUAAAAUCAUUGCAGCUUAUACAUUUGAUGCUGGUCCAAAUGCUGUUAUAUAUUAUGAUGAAGUUAAUGAAAGUAAAGUUUUAGGCUUACUUCAUAAUUAUUUUAGUAAAUUAGGAGGAUGGGAAUCUAAAGAUUUAACUAAAUUAACCAAAGUUGAAAUUGAAGGUACUGAUGAUGAAAUUUAUAAAGGAGUUUCUCGUAUCAUCUUAACUAGCAUUGGUGAAGGUCCUCAAGAAACCAAUGAAAUCUUAACCAUCUAGAGUUCUCAAAAAGAAAGAACAAACCGUCUACAUUUUUUUUGCUAAUUAGAUAAAGUAAUCAAAAAUUCGUUAAUAUUCAUAAAAACAUAUUUGUAAAUAUAUUCAACAAAGUCUAUAUAAAGGAAACAUAAAAUACAAAUUUAAAACAAAACCAUACAU